GAACUAAACUUAAGGAAAGUGAGUGUAAUUAAUAAAACUUGCGUCCUCCUUCGCAAGAUCAAGUUCCCAGUGUAGUGCACCCAGUACAACCACCUGAAGCAUUACCUCAUUUCGCAUAUAGGUCCCAAAUUCAUAUUGCAUCAUAACUCUAUUCGAAUUCGGUUCUAUUGGAUUUUCAGCAAUAAUUAAUCAUUUUGUCUUAUUCGUUGAUUUAGUUCCCUCUUUAUUUGAUUUAAUCGUUAGAUGGAAUCGAAUGAUGAAGUUGGAGAAAUUGACCGAUUAGAGAGGGGUUUAUUAAUAGACCGUAUCUCAUACGAAGAAGAAGCAGUUAUAUAUACGGCGUCGUUUAAAGAGACAGAAGAUAAUUUCGUCAAAUAUCAAACAGCUAGAUGGGUAUUAUAUUCACUGUUGCUAAUAUUGGCUUGGGGAAUAGGACUAAUCAUGUUGAUUUAUUUGCCUCUAAGGAGAUACAUUUUACGUAAAGAUAUACGCUCCAGGAAACUUUAUGUCACUCACAAUGCCAUUGUCUACAAAGUAACAAGACCAGUUCCAUUUCCAUGUUUUGGGGAUUUGAAGAAGGAGAAAUAUAUUCUAUUGCCAUCAGUUGCUGACAUUGUAGUUGAACAAGGUUACCUACAGUCCUUGUGUGGGGUCUAUUCGAUAAGAAUUGAAAAUGUUGGGGUGAGAAGGUCUCCUAGUGAUGAUCUGCAAAUCCAAGGAAUUGCAGAUGCUCUUGAUUUCAGGAAGGCUGUUCUAACACGUCUAGCAAAUCUUAGAAGUAAAGCCUUCUCUAGACAAGCUUCAGCUGUUGAUGAUAGUUCAAAUUUGAGAAUCGGUGAUUCCCGUGCAGCUUCGAUGUCCCGAUCGAGAUCCAUCAGGCAUGAUCCAGUAUCUCAUUCUGGAGACCUUGCAGUAUUACAGAAGCUGGAAGAAGUUGGAAGUUCUGUGAAGAUUUUCUUCAGAGGGUUCAAAAUCUGAUUGAAGAACACCACCUUCAAACAUCAGAAAAUGCGGCUUAAGUUGCACAGGCAUAUUUGUUCCUUUCAGAUGCUUGGCAAAAUGAGUUAGGAUGUUUCUCUGCAAAAGCUGCAAUUUCAGUCGCUUCUCAUCAUAUGGGGUUUGUUUCCUCAUUUCAUAUCAAGUUUUGGUUGUUAAACGUGGCUUUUCUGGAACGAGAAUUAGGUUGCCCUGUUAAUAGUCUGUAGUCAACAUUGGUAGUGGUCGCUCUAGUCAACAUUGGUAGUGGUCUUACUCAUUCCAUUGACUGUCUCAUCUAGAGUUUUGAUAAAUCUUUGCAGUAUCUAUUGUGGAAAUAUCUGCUGCAAUAAAUUUUAUCUCUUUCAUAUUUCAAUGCUUAUCUUGUUAUUGCUGUAAAGUUGUUCGUUGAGGUAAACCUAUUUGGUUGUAUUACUCUUGCUGAUCUAGAGUUCUGCUUUUCCUAAACGUCCCUCUUGCUUUGGGCCACAUAAGAUAUAUCUUUCUUUCUAUCUCCUUCUUCCUUUCUUUCUUUCUA